AUGCCACCCAAUGAAAAUAUCUUCAAAGAAGGAGUUAAUUUAUUUAAACAGCAGCGUUAUGAAGAAUCUAUCACGAUUUUCAAGAACUUGGUGAAAGAAUACCAACUUGAAGAUCAGCCAGGAGAUACACAAAGGAAAAAUUUUGUGAAUCUCUUAGAUUGCUUGAGUGCCUCAUACUCCAAAGUACAGAAGCUUGAUAGAUCAAUAAAAUGUGCGGAGAAAAUGAUUGAUGUGGAUCCUUUUGGAUGCAAGGGAUAUCUACGGUUAGCUAAAGUUUAUAGGUUACAAGAUAGAGAGAACAAUGCUUAUGAAAUAUUAAAGCACGGAUAUCUUAAAAUAAAAGAGGAGAAAAUGAAACCACAAUAUACAUUAUUUAAUGAAACAUUGUAUAAGCAACUGAAGGAGGAAUUAAAACUUGCUAAGAAAAGAAAAGGUUUUAGGGAAAGAUCUUAUGAUCCAUUGAAGGAUUUUCCAGAUGAAAUCAUAGGUAUUAUAUUUUCUGAAUUUAGUCCAUAUUUUAAUUUGCAGUGCUUAAUAGUUUCAAAGCUUUGGUAUAAGCGACUAGUUUGUGUUCCUUAUAUUUUUAAUAACUGUCACUUGAAAAAGAAUAUCAGGAAACAAGAGUUUGAUAGAUUUUUAGGGUUCGUUAGUUUGGUAUCACCAGGUAGUCAUAAUUUUGUUAAAUCGAUUAAUAUUCAGCCUCAUAAAACAGUUGAACAAACUAUAAUAAACGAUAUAUUUAAACGUGAGAUCAAGGUUGAAAAUCUUUCUAUCGAAUUAGAAUCUUUAAACUUAUUUUCUUUAACGAGGAGUAUGAAAAAUAGUAAACUGGAACUGUCAUCUAUAAAGUCAUUAAGUAUAGAUCUUCCUAUAAUAACAAAUGAGAAUACCAGCAUUGAGGCUGUUUUAUCCAAAUGUCCUAAUGUUUCUAAGUUCGUUAUUAAAAUUCCCAAAUAUGAUUCUCGAUCACACGAUACACUAAAUACACCUAUUACUUUCCCUUCACUAACAUCUCUAACAAUUGUGGUAGAAAGGUCCAUGCAGAAACAUCAGUUAAAUAACGUCAUUAUAAAUAAUUUUCUUUUAAGGAAUGAUUUCCCAUCUUUGGAACAUCUUUCUUUUUCGAAAGUUAAUCUGUGCUUUGAGGUUUUUCAAAAAAUAAUAACGACCAAGUUAAAGACAAUUGAGCUUGAACUUGUCCCAAAUAUAUGUAUCAUAAGGCUAACCAAUCUGUUAAUUUCUCAAGUGGGGAACAAAGUUGAGGGAAGAUUAGAGGAACUUCGAAUAGUUGAAAAUGAUGUUACCAUGGAAGUACCAUCACCAAAUUGGGAACUAGAGCUUACCAAGUUCCAAGUGUAUAAAAAUUUGAAGACCUUAGUGCUACGACAUAGUCACGUUACACCAAAAUUACUUCUAGCUAUUUUGAUAUCUACUUCAUGUGAACUUGAAGAACUUCAUCUGAUUCUCAAUUCUAAUAUUGUAUUCGGUAGUAAUAGACCAUCUACAUCGAAUAGGCCGCUCUAUGGCUCUGUUGAUAUCAUUGAGUUAAUUGAAAAGAUCCCAAGGAUAAAACAGCUAUCUCUUGUUGGAUGUUUUGGAAUGGACAACACGGCGAUCAUUAGGAUGGCCAAACACAUAGCGAUAGGAAAUUUAUUUGGCCAUUUGAGUUACUUAAACUUAUCCCUAAACAAGAUUGACGGAAGGGGAAUUUUACAGCUACUGGGUAAGACACCAAAGUUGAAACUGGAGACCUUGGUUAUUAAUUUCACUAAAGUUGACGCUAAUACUGUCAGAUAUUUGAGAGAACUUCGAGUAUGUAAAAAAAUUGAAUAUAAGAUGGAUGAUCGGGUGUCUCUUCUCUAA